AUGGGUCUCGCUCUCAAGAAGCCGGACGAUGUGGCUGGGAAGUCAUGGCCAGCUAUCGUGGUCGGACUGUUCGUUGCCUUUGGUGGUGUACUCUUUGGAUAUGAUACUGGAACCAUUUCCGGUGUUCUGGCUAUGCCAUACUGGAUCAACCAAUUCAAAACCGGUGAUAAUGAGGGCAUUACGUCCAGCCAAGAUGCUCUUAUCGUCUCCAUUCUAUCUGCUGGUACCUUUAUUGGAGCUCUUGUGAGUGCGCCCGCAGCGGACUGGAUGGGUCGCAGACUAGGUCUCAUGUUCUCUGCCGGUAUCGUCUUCAACCUCGGCGUUGUCCUUCAAACAGCUUCGUCUGGUCAACCAAUGUUGAUUGCGGGUCGUUUCUUUGCUGGACUGGGAGUCGGUCUGCUCUCCGCUAUGGUGCCCAUGUAUCAGUCUGAGACGGCACCGAAAUGGAUUCGAGGAACUAUCGUUGGAGCAUAUCAGUGGGCCAUUACUAUCGGUCUCUUCCUCGCCGCAAUUGUGAACUACUCUACCGGUAGCCGCAACGACUCUGGUAGCUACCGCAUCCCUAUCGGCGUCCAGUUCGCAUGGUCGAUCAUUAUCUGCGUCGGUCUCUUCUUCCUGCCAGAAACUCCUCGCUUCUUGGUCAAGCAAGACAAGCACGUGCAAGCCGCUCAGUCCCUAUCAAAGCUCCGCCGCCUGCCGAUCGAUCACCCAGCUCUCGUCGAGGAGCUCGCAGAAGUCGAAGCAAACCACAGAUACGAAAUGAGCAUCUCUAAGGCUUCAUACGCAGACUGCUUCAAGGGCACUGUAGGCAAGCGUCUCUUGACCGGAUGCAUGCUGCAAGCACUGCAACAAUUGUCAGGCGUGAACUUCAUCUUCUACUACGGCACGCAAUACUUCGAGAACGCAGGUUUCAAGAGCGGUGGCUUCACCAUUCAAGUCAUCACAAACGUGGUCAACGUCUUCUCCACCGUUCCAGGUCUCUACCUAGUCGAGAAGAUGGGCCGACGAGGUCUUCUCCUAAUGGGCGCCAUUGGAAUGUGCAUCUCCCAAUUCAUCGUCGCCAUCGUCGGAACCGUCUCGGGCACCGACAACAUGCCCGCUCAACAAACCGCCAUUGCAUUCGUAUGCAUCUACAUCUUCUUCUUCGCCUCCUCCUGGGGCCCCGUCGCCUGGGUCGUCACAGGCGAAAUGUUCCCCCUCCAAACCCGCGCCAAAUGCCUCUCGAUGACCACCGCAACCAACUGGCUCCUAAAUUUCGCAAUCGCCUACUCCACGCCCUACAUGGUAAACGAGCAAUACGCAAACCUACAAUCCAAAGUCUUCUUCAUCUGGGGCUCGUUCUGCGGAAUUUGCGUGCUUUUCGUUUACUUUAUGAUUUACGAGACGAAAGGUCUGUCGCUUGAGGAGGUGGAUGAGUUGUAUGGACGUGUGAGCAAGGCGUGGCAGAGCAAGAAGUUUCGGCCGGAGGUUUCGUUUCGGGAUGUUAAUGAGGUGCGGAAGGUGGAGGGGAGGAAGGUUAGUGUUAGUCAGGUUGCGGAGGAGAGGUUGAGGGAGAGGAGCGUUGCGCAGGUUGAGAAGUGAGGAUGAAGAGGUAGGUGUGUGUAGGUUAAGGUGUAGGUGUAGAGGAAAGGGGGGAGUUGAGAGGUUGUGCGUGAUUCGCGUUCGUACUUGUAUUACUUCUAUAUUGUUUCCUCAAUCGUAUCGUUUGCUCUUUUUUCU